UUUUUUUUUUUUUUUAAUGUAAGUUAAAAUGGAAAUGUGAACUGAGCUUAACUAUAAAAUUCCAGAUGCAACGAUUUUUGAAACAGAAACCUUUUCACUAUUUCUGUACUAUUUCUAUUCCCCUGUGUAUUCAUGCAGUGACACAAACUAUCCCCAAUACCGAUUUUGUUGUUUUUAUAGGCAGGCAUAUUUUGGGUGGAAAUGUCUGCAACAUUUCUCUCUCAUGAUGUUCAGCUUUUUAUACUGAGAAAGGUUUCAAAUGUCUUCUGGCCUGUGAAAUUGACAGACACACUAGAGGUAAUUCCCACGGUAUAGAAGCCUCCAAAGUGCCAGUGUGCAGGGGGCUGACACUGUUCUUAUUUUAACUCUAACCUUUUCACCUCCUGUUCCUGACCUGACUGAUGCUAUGAUUUUUAAUUAAUGUGCAUGGUAUACAUAAAUAUUCUUCUUUCCAUUCUAUCUUAAAAACUCAGAAAGUCGGCAAACAUCUUGGAAAAUACCAGUUUAUUUAAGAUCCUUACAUCCAUGUCAUUUAAUAUGAGCAAAGCCUUGUUUAUGCUGACAUAAACAAGUACUUUUGAAAAGAGCCCUUAUGCAUGUAAACGGAAACAAAUGCUACAGUAUCACUCAAAGCAUUGACAGACGAGCAUGUUUUUUUUCCCCAAAGACAUCUGUAGACCAGUGUUUACGCAUAUGCUUGUUUGGCUAUAAACAAAUGUCAGAGGAACGCCAGAGCUUGAGAUACAGAGCAGUAUAAAUGGGAGACCCUUGAUUUACCGUCAUUCUGGGGAGAUCACUGUUGUGGAUGGCUGGAUUCAGAGCAAAACCAUAUGGCCACAGUUUGCCACUGGAUGUUUUUCACGUCCUCGUUACAGGUAGUUUCUGAUGCAAGGACCUUUUUUAUUUGUUUUCGACUCAUUUUGAUCAAACUCUGUGUUGAAGCGGGAAUUAUUCUUUUGGAAUGAGUGAAGUAAUGAAGCACUUCGAGAGACUUCCUGGCCCACUGCUCUUUAUGAUGACUCUGGUUUCUCUCAGUCUGGGCACCAGAUUCACCUUGCUGAUCUCCAUGCCAAACACCUCCUUUCCUUUCAGUACUGGUCGGAUUGGGGCUGGAGCUCUUAUCGCAAUCAGUUCUGUAAACAGCAGUCCGGACCUUCUGCAAGGUCAUCAACUGGAUUACCAUUAUGUGGAUGAUGAAUGCAAUGAUCUAUGUGGCCCAGGGAAAAUUGCGGCAAUUUACCAUAAACACAAAUACAGUGCUUUCAUCGGACCAUCUUGCUCAAAUGUCUGUGCAGUGACUGCUAAACUAGCAGCUUAUUGGAACAUUGCUAUCAUCAGUCCUAUAUGUGCAGAUCAACAAUUUCUAGAUAAGAAGGCCUAUCCGACCUUAACAAGAGCGUUUGGACCUUUCACUAAACUAGGGUCUUUCUUUGUGGAAAUCUGCAAGUGGUUUGGCUGGCAGCGCAUUGGCAUUAUCUAUGACAAUAAACCAUCCUGGGCUAUUCCUGUGGAGGGGAUCAGGUAUUAUCAAGCAGAGCACAAUAACAUUACAGUGGCCAAGUAUCAAGAAAUCCAUGGCUCUCUCUCACAAGGGUCCUUGUCGACCUGGUCCUGGGUCUUAACUGAGGUGGCACAAGUCUCUCGCAUUAUUGUGAUAUCAGCACAUGGCAUGGUGGUCCGCAGUUUGCUAAUUGAAGCUCACAAGAAAGGCCUCACCAAUGGAGAUUUUGUUUUCUUUUGUUUCGAGCCAUAUAAGCAAAAUGUGUUAUUUGGCAGUUUUGAAUGGAAACAAGGUGAUGAAUAUGACUCAGUGGCCAGGCAAGCUUAUGAGGCUCUGUAUUUCCUGUCUCUGUAUAAACCCAGUGAUAAACUGUAUCAGGCCUUCUCAGAGAAUGUCAUCAGAAGAUCCAAAAUAGACUUUGGCUAUACAUAUGCUUCUAAUGAAAAGGUGUCAGUCCUAGCAGCCAUAGCCCAUGAUAGUGUCUGGCUGUAUGCCCAGGCUUUAAAUGAAACUUUGGCAGAAAACGGAAACCCAUAUGAUGGUUUAGCCAUAACUAGACGAAUGUGGAACAGGACCAUUACAGGUAUCCAAGGAGAUGUAACUAUUGAUGCAAGUGGAGAUCGUGAGUUAAAUUACAUGAUGAAACAAAUCCAAGGCAGUAAUAACCAGUGUCAGGUCAUUGCGAACUAUUUUGGGACUUAUAAGGCAGUACAGGGGCUUCACAUCAAGUGGCCUGGAGGACGGACAACUCCUCCCAAAGACUCUCCAGAUUGUGGCUUUCAUGGAGAACUCUGCAUCAAUCUAGAGAGAAAAUUCUUGAUUGCUUUUAUGAUUGGCUUGGUGGCUGCUGGGACCCUUGCAAUCUAUGCUUUAUACAGGAAGUUCAAAAUCCAGGAAGAAGCUUCCAAGAUGUUGUGGACAGUCAACGCUGAUGAUGUCAUAAUGAUGGAGCAUCAUUCCUCAACUGUGCAAGCAAAGUCUCACAGAUUCAAACCCAUUCAGGCUUCUUUGGAGUCUAUCAUUUGCAGCAUGCAAGACAAGCCAUCAGCACACAGAACCGCAGUCUACAAAGGGACAAUUUGUUCUGUUUGCUUUCUGAAUUUAAGAAACCCUCACCUGAGCAGUGAGCUGCUGGUGGAACUCAAACAGUGCAGAGAUUUGACCCACUAUAACCUUUGCAAAUUUAUUGGAGCGGCCCUGGAGACCCCUCAGCCCUUCAUUCUUACAGAGUACUGCCCUAAAGGAAGCCUACAGGACAUUUUGAAGAAUGAGUCUAUCAAGCUGGACUGGACCUUUAAAUUUUCUCUCAUGCUAGACAUCGUGAAGGGAAUGGACUAUUUGCACCAUAGUCCCCUGCACUUCCAUGGUCACCUCUCAUCAACAACCUGUGUGGUGGACAGCCGCUUUGUCCUGAAGGUCACUGAUUUUGGACUUAAUAUACUCAGGCAUUCAGACUCAGAGAAGAGUCCCGGAUUUGACCCCUGGACUGCUCUGCUGUGGAGGGCACCAGAGCUACUGAGGCAGUCCAUUCCAGCUAAUGGUACACAAAAAGGGGACAUCUACAGUUUUGCCAUUAUAGCUCAAGAGGUAGUAUAUCGUAGAGGGCCUUUCUACAUCCCUAACUGUCACAUCAGUGCUAGAGAGAUUGUGGAGAGGGUCAGGGCAGGUGGGUGUAGCCCACUGAGGCCUCACAUAGACCCAGCAGAAGGUGUAGAGGAACUGGAGGGAAUCAUGGUCAGCUGCUGGACAGAAAAACCUGCGGAGAGACCAGACUUUUCUUCUCUCAGGACUGCCAUCAAGAAACUGUGUCCUAAUGGGGGGUCUGAGAACAUUCUGGAUAACCUGCUGUCCCGUAUGGAGCAGUAUGCAUGUAAUCUGGAGGAGAUAGUCAGUGAACGUACCGCUGAACUCCAGGAAGAGAAGAAGCGAGCAGAGGAACUGCUUACACAGAUGUUGCCACGAUGUGUAGCUGCUCAGCUCAUAGCGGGAAAGACAGUGAGAGCAGAGACCUUCGACUGCGUCACCAUCUAUUUCAGUGACAUUGAAGGCUUCACAGCCAUGUCAGCAUCCCUCACGCCAAUGCAGGUAGUGAACGUGCUGAAUGACCUGUACACAUACUUUGACAAUAUCAUUGACAACCACAAUGUUUAUAAGGUAGAAACCAUUGGCGAUGCCUACAUGGUAGUGUCGGGCCUGCCUACAAGAAAUGGAGACGACCAUGUAAAAGAAAUAGCAAGAAUGUCGUUAGCUAUAGUGCAGGGCAUGAGGAGCUUCUACAGUCCACAUAUACAAGAGCAACAGCUGAGGGUUCGCAUUGGAGUUCAUUCAGGACCUUGUGUCGCAGGGGUUGUGGGUAUGAAAAUGCCACGCUACUGUUUAUUUGGAGACACUGUGAACACUGCCUCCAGGAUGGAGACAUAUGGAUUACCAUUGAGAAUCCAUGUGAGCAGUUCCACCAAGUCUCUCCUUGACACUUUCAGGACUUUCCGCUGUGAACUGCGAGGUGACAUCCACAUAAAGGGAAAGGGCUGGGUGAGGACAUACUGGCUUUUGGGAGAGGACUACUAAACCAGAUGUCCAGAUGUUUUUUUUUUCAAUACUUUUUAACAUACAAAAGAAAAAAAAAAAAGAAAAAAAAUGAAAGAGUGUAUUACACUAUAUUCAUACUUUGUUUUGUGUGUUUCCAGUAUUUUAGUUCAAUAAGAACAUUUCUAAGUACAAAAGGUUGGAGUUGGUAAGAUUUUUUUCUAUUUUUGUAUGUUAUAUCAUAUAUUCAGAAAUAUCAUGAAAUAUUUAUCAUGAAAUAUCAUAAAUCAUUUUUUCUCAGUGUUGAAAACAGUUAUGCUUC